UUGAAUAGGACGUGUUAACUUACCAUCAAAUGUGGUCACUGGACGCCGCAAUGGACGAGGAGAAUGGCGGGGAUUGCGGAGGAGGAAACGGCUGGAAUCCCGGAGGAGGAGACGGCGGUGACACUGUCCGCUGCCUGCGGCGGCAACGGUGGACGAAGAACGAGAGCAUUGUGAUGCUAGAAGGGAAGCGAGCGGUGGAAGGGCGGGGCAGGGAGCCCUUCGUCGCCAUGUCGACGAAGAGGAAAUGGGAUGCUGUGUCAUCCUACUGCCGCCAAAAGGGGACGGAUCGGAGUCCGGAACAGUGUCGUAAGCGCUGGGGCAUACUGGUGACCGGUUACAACAAGAUACGGGCGUGGGAGACGAAACACGCUGCGGACUCUAGCGAGUCCUUUUGGGAGAUGACAAACGGACAAAGGAAGAGGCGGCUGCUGCCAGGCGUAUAUGACGACGUGCUGUAUAGCAUUCUUGAGGAGGACAAGGAGUUUGAGGUCAGGGUCGGCGAUUUUGGAGAGAGCAUAGAAGAAGGCGAAUUGGAAAUUGACGAGGAUGAGGCGGUGUUCUUAGCUGGCGGUCAAAAUGCAACCGAGAGUGGAUCUUUCUCCGAUGUCAACCAGGCGAAUCUGAUGAAGAACAAGCCGUCGCCGAUUAAUGCCACGCUCAUAACAAAGAUUACAAAUGAUAAGCUGCCAGCUAAUGAUUCUGAAGAUAAAUCACCGCCACCGGGAAGAAAACACUGGCAAACUUCAGAGGAUGAAGUAACAAACAACAAUCCUUGUAGCCAACAAACCGAAGUCUUAGGUAGGAACGACUCCAUGACGGCACAACUUGAUGCACAAAACCUCCUGAACAUUCAACUGAACGGAGAUCAAUGGAGGGAACAUGCGAACAGGCUACUCACUGUUCUUGACAAAGUGACUGAUGUUCUUGGGAAAUUUGCAGAUAAACCGUGAAUAACUGAUAUAAGGAUGUAGGGAGGAUCUAAACGCGGGUAAAGCCAAAGAAUCACAUUAUCCCUGGGUUUACUGCAUAGUUAAGUUGCAUCAUUCUCCACUUUUAGAUUUAUCAGUAUCUCGCUGAGUUACAUCUUUCCACCUAUAGAGAUUUUUCAUGUCUAGUUGAAAGAUUUAUCAUUGUCUUUGUUAGUCAAUGAUCCCUGAGUUUACUGCUGAAUUACAUGUUUCCAGCUUCAGAGUUACAUUUUCAUGUCUAGUUGAAAGAUUUAUCUGUCUUUGUAAGUAUUUUUUUUUUGGUUGACAUAGUUUACCUUCUCAUCAACUUUUUUAGUCAUUUUACCAACAUUCCAAAGAAAAGUAGCACAAGAAUAUAAUAUUUUAUUUUA